GCCAGACCCCGCCCCCAUAGCGCAGCCUCCGCCAUGUUGUUUUUUCCAGAGUCGGCCCCCGCCCCCAUCGCAGGCCGCGGCUGCCGGUGACUCUGAGUUCUUCCCUUGUUCCUCUCGCCUUCGUGCUCGUUUCAUGUGGAAAAUCCCUUACCUUCCCACUUGAAAAGACAUUGUGCAUCCAGACUAUUUAGUUGGCCACUCUUCCUGGUUCUGUAUUAGAAUAUCAUGACUUACACUGAACAGUAAAAGUAACUAUUUGAACUGGACAUCAGAAAGGAUCUGUUCCUGAAACAACUAUGGCAGCAAAAUCAUCGCUCCUUAAAGUAAUCCUCUUAGGAGAUGGAGGAGUUGGGAAGAGUUCAAUUAUGAACAGAUAUGUCACUAACAAGUUCGAUACCGAGCUGUUCCACACAAUAGGUGUAGAGUUCUUAAAUAAAGACCUGGAAGUGGAUGGACAUUUUGUCACAAUGCAGAUAUGGGACACUGCAGGCCAAGAACGUUUUAGGAGCUUGCGGACUCCUUUCUAUAGAGGUUCUGACUGUUGUCUUCUCACUUUCAGCGUAGAUGACUCUCAAAGCUUCCAAAAUUUGGGCAACUGGAAGAAAGAAUUCAUUUACUAUGCAGAUGUUAAAGAGCCUGAAACAUUUCCUUUUGUGAUCCUGGGAAACAAAGUUGAUAUAAAUGAGAGGCAAGUGUCUUCAGAAGAAGUCCAGAUCUGGUGCAGGAACAACGGCAACCAUCCUUAUUUUGAAACGAGUGCUAAAGAUGCCACUAAUGUUGCAGCAGCUUUUGAAGAAGCUGUUCGAAGAGUUCUUGCCACUGAUGAUAGGUCAGAUCACUUGAUUCAAACUGAUACAGUAAACCUUCAUCGGAAGCCCAAGCCUAGCUCUUCAUGCUGUUGACUAUUUUGUUUUAUUUCUCAGCCAUAUAUAAUUCUAACUUAACUUGAAGUAAUAAUAGAUCAAAUAUGAUUCAGUGGGUGCCACUCUAAUAUAUUAAAUUGUAACAUUCUACUGCUUUACAUGUUGGCGGAAGAAAGCUUCUUUUCAUUAAGUAGCCUGUUACAAGUUAGUGGUGUCUGACAUCUGGGAAGGUACUGGCUCAAGAGUUCAUUUAAUUUAAAUGUGUCAUUUGAAAAUUAAUAAAUUAUAUACUAAAACUUGAAAGUUCUAGAAGCACUACUUGGGGGACCUGUUCUGAAAUUCAGUUGCAGAAUAGAUUUUUUUAUAUGUACAUAUAUAUUUUUAUGAGAUCACCAGUCCAUGUUUUGCUUCACAAAUAUCUUUUUCAUAAAGCAGUAAUAGUAGGUAUUAGGGUCUUGUUCCAGUCCUCAUCUUUAAUGUGAUUUUUUUUAAAAAAAUCAAAGCUAACAUAAACAUUAAGGGUGUUUGCUUUUUGCCUAGUGUCACUGACCUGCCUGUAGAGUUUAAGUUAGAAAAUAAACCUGCAUAUAUGGCGCUUGUG